CGGCAGUGAUUGUCUUCUUACUUGACCUUAAUUGUAAUUAUAUGUAGAUGAACGCGAUGUUUAUGGAUAAUUUCCCGUGUGACGAAACUACACAGCAACUCUAGUGAUGACAAGUUAACAGUUCAUUUCUGUGUCUUUCAGGAGAUAGGGAUGUUAACUAAAUCGCAUUUAACUAUUAGCCCUUAGCUAGUCUAGACAAGCUUGCUGGCUAUCUACCGUACACGUUAAUGAACAGUGUAACUCUGGGCAAAGUACUGUCUAGAAAAGAUAGGGCGAACUCAGAUAGCGACCCCAGAAAUCUUGUGGUUUCCUCUGAGUGUUAAUACAGAAACGUCGACUGGUCUCUGAUCAACUAGCAACUUUUUUCAUUUAUUCACCUGCGCCGCUUUAGACCUCCCUGGAACAUUCGCUCCGCACAACCAGGCAGAGGACUUUGGUUUGGCUCCUCAGUCGGUGUUAUGGAGGAAGACCAGGGCUGCACCGUGCAGAGGGAGGACAAACCCAGCCUGCUGCUCUCCUUCCACACUGAACCCAAACAAGAGUCACUGGAUUCUGAUUGUGACAGUAAAGCUCAGUGUUCAUUGGUGGAUUCAGAGAUGACAUCAGUCAAGCAGGAAGACUGCAGUCAAACACUGGGACUGAAUGAGAUUAAAUGUGAAGAGGAUGAGGAGGUGAAGAUUGGGGACUUCAUUAAUCAAGGUGGAAUUCCAGAAGUGGAGAAAUGUUCCACACUUGGAGAAAAACAGCAUAAAGACUGCAGAGAUAAGAAGUCUUACCACUGCUCCCAUUGUGAAAAAUGUUUCCUAUCUAUAUUACGGUUGAAACGUCAUUUUGUCAUACAUACUGGAGAGAAACCUUAUUCCUGUUCUGACUGUGGGAAAAGUUUCAUUAAAUCAUCUGCUCUUGCUCGACAUCAGAGAGUGCAUACAGGAGAGAAGCCUUACUAUUGUACUGUCUGUGGAACAAAUUUCUCUCAUUUAAGUAGUCUUAAAGUUCACCAGCGUAUACAUACCGGAGAAAAGCCUUACUCGUGUUCUGACUGUGUUAAGAGUUUCAUGAGAUCAUGUGAACUUACUAUUCACCGGAGAGUGCACACAGGUGAGAAGCCAUACUCCUGUACCUACUGUGGAAUACAUUUCUCUAUAUUGAGUAACCUUAAACUUCACCAGCGAAUACAUACUGGAGAGAAGCCUUACUCCUGUUCUGACUGUGGGAAGAGUUUCACUAAAUCAGAUGGACUUACUCAGCAUCAGAAAGUGCAUACAGGAGAGAAGCCAUACUUCUGUUCAUUCUGUGGAAAUAAUUUUUCUCGUUUAAGUACCCUUACAAAUCACCUGCGAAUACACACUGGAGAGAAGCCUUACUCCUGCUCUGACUGUGGGAAGAGUUUCACUAAAUCAGAUGGAUUAGCUCAGCAUCAGAAAGUGCACACAGGAGAGAAGUCUUACUCCUGUUCCGACUGUGGAAAGAAUUUAUCUCGCUUAAGUACCCUUAAAAAUCACCAGCGAAUGCAUACUGGAGAGAAGCCUUAAUCCUAUUCUGACUCUGGGAAGAGUUUCA